AUGACAAGCACGGACUUCGAAGUGAUGACGAAUGAUGCAGGUUCAACACUUGAUGGCUGGAACGUGGUGGACGAGACUGCCGCUCAAUCGCAGAGCCUCAGUGCAGAAGUGGCUCUGGAGCGUGAUGCCACGGUCUUAGCAGCAGGUGAAAUGAAGGCCGUACUGUCUGUUGUGGCACCCCCCGCUGACGGAUCACGUGCCCCGCUGCAUCUUGUGGCCGUGCUCGACCGCUCGGGCUCCAUGAGUGGAGAGAAGAUACGCUUGGUGAAACAGACGAUGACCUUCAUGCUGCGCUAUCUCUCUGAGCGUGACUCCCUUGGAAUCGUCGAGUACGGCUCGGAUGUGAAAGUUGCGGCGCCGCUGACGCGCUGUGACCAGGACGGCCGGGCGCGGCUUGCACAUGCACUUCAGAAAAUCCAGGUGACUGGACAGACAAAUUUGUCGGGAGGCUUGCUCAAAGGAUUGGAGCUUCACAGGGACGGGCCGCGUUCUGCUGCACCCGAAGGCCAAGCAGUUCAGGUGGGCAACAGCUACAGGCGCAUGUCUCCCAGUGAGGCACCGGCCCGCACCGAAAGUGGGCCUUACGGCACCCAAGCGCCGCCUGAGGGCGCGGAGCGCGUGCACGAGUGGACCAUGGCGCUGCGCCUGCCGGAGGGCACCGAAGGUCUUGUGAAGAAAGUGGUUUUCGAGCUCCACGAGACCUUUCGGCAACCUGUGGUGGAGGUGGCCGCGCCACCUUUCCAGCUCACCCGCUUCGGCUGGGGCACCUUCGAGGUAGGCAUCACAAUCCAUCUUCAGGACGGCCGUGAGCUGAAGCUGUCACACAUGCUCUGCUUCGACAGGCCAGAGAGCUUCCGCACCGUUCUGCUACCAUUGAAGCAGGAGCCGCGCUCCAGCGCUAGCUUCUGGGGCUUUGGCCUCUGUGGAGCAGGCGUACCUGACGCAGAGUCCGUGGAUGAGGACCACCAGGCUGUGGUGCGCUCCACCUUCCUGUUCACGGACGGUCUGGCGAAUGAGGGCAUCCGAGACACAGCCGGUAUUUGCUCAGCGGCCACCAACAUGCUCACAGAACUGAGAAACUGCAGGAGCACGAUCUCCACGUUUGGUUUUGGAGCAAACCACAAUGCAGAGAUGCUGCGCCAACUGGCAGAUACCGCCGAGGGCACCUACAGCCACGUUGAGUCGGAGGAUCAGAUCGCUGAGGCCUUUGGGGAGGCCCUGGGAGGUCUGCUGUCCACCACGCACCAGAACGUUUCGAUCAACCUGGAGCUCGCCCCGGGCGUGGACUUCCUGCGUGCCUUCACUUCCUUCCCGGCCAACACAAAUGGCAGCCGUCUCACUGUAGAGCUUGGCGAUCUCUACGCAGAGGAACGUCGCGACAUUUUGGUGUCGCUAGGCCUGCCUGCGGUGCAGGGCGGCGAUGCUGGCGAUGGCGGCGCGGCACAGCUCCAGGGCAUCGGACGCAUGGAGGUUCGUGGGUUCUCCAUUGCGGCAAAGCGCAGCGAACGAGAUGCGAAGGCCCUCGUGGUGGAGCGCCGCUCCGACGCCAACUCCGACGGCCCGCGCCAUGCCCAGGUGGAACGCCACUGGAUCCGCCACUUGACCAACGAGGCACUGGAAGCGGCAAGGCGUGCGGCCGACCGGGGUGCCCUGCAGCAGGCACGGCAGCUGCUGGAGGAUGCCUCAACAAGCAUUGGUGCCUCGCCACUCGUGGCCGACGGCGAUGCGGUCUCGCUUGGCCUCCUCACCGACCUCCGCGACUGCAUGGAUGAUCUCCGCCAUCGGGAAGCCUACGUGCAGUCAGGCUCCAAGAAGAUGGCCAUGAUCAACCAGAAGCAUUCCAGGCAGCGGGCGGCCAAUGGAGUGGACACUGCUGUCUGCUACAGCAACGCUGUUCAGAAGGAAGUUCGCGCUGCCUUCAAGAUGAGUAUUGCCUGA